AUGAGCAUUAGUGAAGACGACGUGGAGAAGUUUCUUGAUGGCAACCCUGCUUUUGCCAAGCAGUAUUUUGAGAAGAAACUAAAAACGGAGUCCUGGGAUAACAAUGAGAGUGAAAUACUUUUUGAGUUGAUCCAAGACAUGCAAGAAAGCAUCAACAUGGAGAAAGUUGUUUUCAAGACCUUGAGAAGAAUCAGGUCCCUUAUUCACGCUGACCGCUGUAGUCUCUUCAUGUACAGGCAGAGAAAUGGCACUCCUGAACUGGCAACAAGGCUUUUCAACAUCCAAGAGGGAAGUACUCUGGAGGAAUGCCUGGUCGCCCCAGACUGCGAGAUUGUCUAUCCACUGGACAUCGGCAUUGUGGGCCAUGUUGCUCAGACCAAGAAAACCAUGAACAUCAAGGAUGUCCGUGAGUGUGCCCAGUUCAGCCCAUUUGUUGAUGAGCUCACCGACUACACUACAAAAAACAUCCUUGCGACACCCAUCUUGAAUGGCAAAGACUUGGUUGCUGUCAUUGUGGCUAUAAAUAAGCUGAAUGGCCCACACUUCACCAGCUCUGAUGAAACACUUUUUCUGAAGUAUCUGAAUUUUGCAUCCUUGAACUUGAAAAUUUAUCACUUGAGUUAUCUUCACAACUGUGAGACUCGAAGAGGCCAGGUGCUGUUGUGGUCAGCUAAUAAGGUUUUUGAGGAACUGACAGACAUUGAGAGGCAGUUCCACAAGGCUUUCUAUACAGUGAGGGCAUACCUGAACUGUGACAGAUACUCAGUCGGUCUCCUGGACAUGACAAAGCAGAAGGAGUUUUUUGACCUGUGGCCAGUCCUGUUGGGAGAAGUACCUCCCUACUCAGGACCUCGAACCCCGGAUGGCAGGGAAAUAGUCUUUUACAAGGUCAUUGAUUACAUAUUACAUGGAAAAGAAGACAUUAAAGUCAUCCCAAAUCCUACCCCGGAUCACUGGGCACUAGUUACUGGACUGCCAGCCUAUGUGGCUGAAAGUGGAUUUAUUUGCAACAUCAUGAAUGCUGCUGCAGAUGAGAUGUUUAACUUUCAGGAAGGUCCUCUAGAUGAAUCAGGAUGGACUAUCAAAAACGUUCUCUCCAUGCCAAUAGUGAAUAAAAGGGAAGAAAUUGUUGGUGUUGUCACAUUUUAUAACAGAAAAGAUGGGAAACCAUUUGAUGAACAGGAUGAAACCCUCAUGGAGUCCUUGACACAGUUCCUGGGUUGGUCUGUACUCAACACAGACACAUAUGAUAAGAUGAACAAGUUGGAGAACCGUAAGGACAUUGCUCAGGACAUGGUGCUCUACCACGUGAAAUGUGACAAGGAUGAGAUCCAGGAAAUUCUGCCAACACGAGAAAAGCUGGGGAAGGAGCCAAGUGAGUGUGACGAAGAGGAGCUGGCAAGCAUUCUGAAAGAAGAGCUCCCGGGGCCCACUAAGUUCGAAAUCUAUGAGUUCAGGUUCUCUGAUUUUGACUGCACUGAGCUAGAGCUGGUGAAGUGUGGCAUUCAGAUGUACUACGAGCUUGGCGUGGUGAAAAAGUUCCAGAUCCCACAGGAGGUUCUGGUAAGGUUUGUGUACUCUGUCAGCAAAGGCUACCGGAAGAUAACUUACCACAACUGGCGUCAUGGCUUCAAUGUUGCGCAGACCAUGUUCACGCUCCUGAUGACUGGCAAACUGAAGCGUUACUACACUGACCUCGAAGCCCUUGCAAUGGUAACUGCAGCUCUGUGCCAUGAUAUUGAUCACAGGGGAACCAACAACCUCUACCAGAUGAAAUCUCAAAAUCCUUUAGCUAAACUUCAUGGAUCCUCUAUUUUAGAGAGACAUCAUCUGGAAUUUGGAAAAUUCUUGCUCUCUGAGGAGUCACUGAAUAUAUGUCAGAACCUCAACCGCAGGCAGCAUGAGCAUGUGAUUCACCUGAUGGAAAUUGCCAUUAUAGCCACAGACCUGGCACUCUACUUCAAAAAGCGAACAAUGUUUCAAAAGAUUGUUGAUGAGUCUAAGAAGUACGACAGCGUGACUGCCUGGACUGAGUAUCUGUCUCUGGAGACAACAAAGAAAGAAGUUGUCAUGGCCAUGAUGAUGACUGCCUGUGACUUGUCAGCUAUCACAAAGCCUUGGGAAGUCCAGAGUAAGGUAGCUCUCCUGGUAGCAGCUGAGUUCUGGGAGCAAGGAGAUUUGGAAAUAAGCGUCCUUCAGCAACAGCCAAUUCCAAUGAUGGACCGAAGGAAAGCUGCUGAGCUUCCAAAGCUUCAAGUGGGUUUCAUUGACUUUGUAUGUACAUUUGUCUAUAAGGAGUUUUCCCGUUUCCAUGAGGAAAUUCAGCCUAUGCUUGAUGGGCUGCUGAACAACAGAAAUGAGUGGAAGACCCGUGCUGAUGAGUAUGAUGCAAAAAUUAAAGCACUGGAGGAAGAGAAGAAAAAAGAGGAAGAGAGAAUGGCUGCAAAGAGAGGUGAAAUAACCUGUAAUGGAGGAACAGCUCCAGCUUCCAAAACCUGUAGCAUACUUUAGACCUAUUCUCACUGAAAUAUAUGACACACAAAAUGAGAAUACCCAUAUAAGAACAACAACAACAACAACAACAACAAAACCCAAACCCAAACCAAACAACAACAACAAAAAAACAACAACCAAAAAGCCCAAAACCCCCCAACCCCCCCCCAAAAACCCUCCAAAAAGCAAAAUAAUGGUGUACAAAUACAUUCCUGACUGGACUAUUCUAAUAAUUUAUUAGGCUUGAGACCAGCCAGGGAAGGGCUAGAUCUUGUUUGCCUUAAUUGCAUCUCUUCCUGAUGGUAGGGAGCCAUUUCCAUCCUGCCUCCUGUCCUCCAUUUAAUGCACCUGAUGUCAGAUGGCAUGUGACAAGUCAGGACAACAUUUGGCCCAAUAAAUCAGGUUGUAAGAUUAUGGAAGAGCAUUUUUCCUGCACUGAAACACUUCUUAUCCCAAAGCUGAUGGGGAUAGUCCUGCUCCAUACAACCUCAUGAGACUGACAGUGAAUGCAACCCUAGCCUGCACAGUGGGAAAAAUGAAGAAGAUCAUAUCUAAGUCUGUAUCAUAUCUAAGUCUGUAUCUGUCAAGACAUCAGAAGGAAACCUGAGGGUAAGGAUAAAGCAUGAAAACUGACCAUAGUAAACCUUUGAACUGCUCUAAAAGAUUAUGAUUCCAUUUAAAUCCAAGAAACACUCUGACAGAUAAUACAUCUGCAUUCACUUCAAGAAUCUGGAUAGGUUGCUAUCCCAAAGCAUCGAGCUAUUCAUGCAAGACACAAUAGCUGCCUUCUCCAGGAGCAGGAUCCACAUUGUGUACUAAUGAAGCUUCAUUCUUUCAUGCAUCCUUUUAAGAAGACAGUUGUUAUCAUUACCCAUUACAGUUCCUUUUACAAUUAGCCAAGCAACCUGAGUUGUGAAAUCUCAUAGAUUUGUUAUGUUUUGCCUCAUAAUGCUGUUACUUAAUGCAAUUGAUCAGAACUAACUAUCCUUCCUUUCCUCCUCCUGCUCUGAGAUGUCUUGUUUUUAGACAACACACCAGACUUGUGACUCUUAUUUCAGAUGAAAGUUACUUUUCAUGUUUAUUCAUGCAAAAAUAGAACAUUCAAUUACACUCUUGUAGUAGUAGACACACCCUCAUGUCCUGCUCCCUCUCCACCCCCCCCCCCCCCCCCCUUUCUUUUUUAAAAUUGUUUGGAGAUCUGUUUUGCUGGGGAUUUUCUUCUUCUAUUACUCCUGUUACCUUCAGGAUUCUUACCCUUUAGUAUAUUGUUUUGCAUUACAAAAAUACUGCAAGUAAAAGGAAAACUAGA